AUGGAGUGGAAACCAGAACAAGAAGGUCUCAGACAAAUACUAACACUUCUAAAGGAGUCUCAAUCACCAGAUACAGAGACACAGAGGGCAGUUCAACAAAAAUUGGAAGAAUUAAACAAGUAUCCAGACUUCAACAACUACUUAAUCUUCGUACUCACUAAACUUGUUACCGAAAAAGAACCUACAAGGUCUUUAAGUGGUUUGAUUUUGAAAAAUAAUGUUAAAGCACACUACAACAGCUUUUUGCCUGAAGUUGCCGAAUUUAUCAAACGGGAAUGUCUAUCAGCUGUAGGAGAUCCUUCGCCACUGAUUCGGGCCACUGUAGGCAUUAUAAUAACCACAAUAGCCAGUAGAGGAGAGCUAAAAUCAUGGCCCGAACUGCUGCCAGCCUUGUGUCAAAUGCUUGAUUCACAAGAUUAUAAUGUUUGUGAGGGUGCAUUUGGUGCUCUUCAAAAAAUUUGUGAGGAUACUGCAGAGAAAUUAGACAGUGAUGCAUUAAACAGACCCCUAAAUGUAUUGAUACCAAAAUUCCUCCAGUUUUUCCGGCAUUCAUCUCCUAAAAUCAGGUGUCAUGCCAUUGCUUGUGUCAAUUACUUCAUUAUGGGGCGAACCCAGGCACUCAUGUUACACAUUGAUUCAUUUAUUGAAAACUUGUUCCAUCUAGCCGCAGAUGAAGACUCAGAUGUGAGAAAGAAUGUUUGUCAUGCACUUGUGCUGCUUUUGGAGGUGCGACUAGAUAGGCUAGUCCCUCAUCUACCUAAUAUUAUUGAGUACAUGUUGGUGAGAACUCAAGAUCCUGAAGAAGGCGUUGCGUUGGAAGCAUGUGAAUUUUGGCUGUCACUCGCUGAACAGAAUGUCUGCCGUGAGGUGCUGGGCCCCAGACUGCCGGCGCUGUUGCCGAUACUUGUACGCGGUAUGAGAUACUCUGAGAUGGACGUUGUGUUACUGCGAGGAGACCGCGAUGACGAUGCCGACGACGCUGAACCCGAUCGAGAAUCUGACAUAAGACCGAGGUUCCACAAACCUCGCUCUCACACUAUCAAACAUAAUGCGGGCGCUGGUGACAGUAACAUGUCUGGCGGUGGUGAUUCCGAUGAUGACGACGAAGGUGGUGCCGAUGGAGACGAUGGCUCACUCUCUGAUUGGAAUUUGCGAAAGUGCAGCGCCGCUGCUCUCGAUGUGUUGGCCAACGUGUUCGGUGCUGAUCUGCUUCCUGUACUCUUCCCUAUUCUUAAAGAGACGCUAUUCCACGAGGAGUGGGUUAUCAAGGAAAGCGGUAUCCUAGCUCUGGGUGCGGUAGCCGACGGUUGCAUGGGUGGCAUGGUACCGCACCUGCCAGACCUGGUGCCGUACCUGGUGUGCUGCAUGGGUGAGCGUAAGGCUCUGGUGAGAGCCAUCACGUGCUGGACUCUUUCACGUUACUCGCAUUGGAUAGUGGCACAGUCGCACGACCUGUAUUUGCGACCUGUUUUGACUGAGCUGCUUAAGUGCGUCCUGGAUAACAACAAGCGCGUGCAAGAGGCUGCGUGCUCGGCCUUCGCUACGCUGGAGGAGGAAGCGUGUACAGAGCUCGUGCCUUACUUGGGCUUUAUCCUACAAACUCUAGUUUACGCCUUUGGCAAGUACCAACAUAAGAACCUGCUAAUACUGUACGACGCCAUCGGCACGCUAGCCGACUCCGUCGGUCAUCACCUCAAUAAACCGGAAUACAUCAACAUGCUGAUGCCGCCUCUUAUCAAUAAGUGGAAUGUUUUGAAAGAUGAGGAUAAAGAUCUCUUUCCGUUAUUAGAGUGCCUGUCAUCUGUGGCGACAGCUCUACAAUCAGGGUUUCUUCCUUACUGUGAACCAGUCUUCAGGAGAUGCGUCUCAUUAAUAGAACAAACACUAAAUCAGAAUAUUGCAAAUAAUCAAAGCCCAGAGCAAUUUGAAGCACCCGACAAAGACUUUAUGAUCGUGGCACUAGACUUGCUUAGCGGUCUGGCGGAGGGGCUGGACGGUCACAUCGAUCACCUGGUGUUCAACUCCAACCUCAUGCAAUUGCUGUACCAAUGCAUGCAGGACCCGCUGCCUGAGGUGCGUCAGUCAUCGUUUGCACUGCUAGGCGAUCUGACGAAGGCGUGUUUCCAACAUGUUCUGCCAUACAUACCGGAGUUCCUGCCUAUACUCGGCAUGAACCUCUAUCCUGAACUUAUUUCGGUCUGUAACAAUGCUACUUGGGCUAUUGGAGAAAUUAGUAUCAAAUUAGGACCCGAAACAUCAAAGUAUAUCCCGCUAGUAUUGACUAAUUUAGUCGAAAUCAUCAACAGGCCUAACACACCUAAGACGCUACUUGAGAACACAGCGAUAACUAUCGGUCGGCUAGGUUAUGUGUGCCCACACGACGUCGCACCCGUAUUACAUCAAUUUGUUCGCCAGUGGUGCUCGUCACUACGUAACAUUCGCGACAACGACGAGAAGGACUCUGCUUUUCGCGGCAUGUGUCAGAUGAUCCAGGUGAACCCGGGAGGUGUAGUACAGGACUUUAUGUUCUUCUGUGACGCGGUCGCAUCGUGGUCACAUCCCAAGGAUGAUUUGAAGGAAAUGUUCACAAAGAUCUUACACGGGUUCAAAAACCAACACGCGCCUCUCGGCCAUGUGCGGGAUAUAGACGUGAAUACUGCGUUAUGGGGAACCAAUGUCAGCACGGGUCGGGAAGACAUUGAGGGUGACGGCAACCCAGCGGGCUCUGCACUCACCCGAGAGCGUAGGGAACACGUCACACAUCGGAACCAUGUCACGUACCGGAACAUGUCUCACACCGGAACAAGUCACACACCGGACCGAAUGUCGGCGCAGGCCGGGCCGCUGCUUCUGCCGCGUUAUGUGCCAACACACUCACCUCACUACACUAGCGAGGAUAUUUACACGUUUGUACCUAUCAACAGAGAAUAUUAA